AUGGCACCCUCCAAAGACCCUGUGUUCCUUCGGCGCAAUAACCAGAUCCAAGAUGCUAUUGACGGGCAGAAUUUGAAACAGGCCCUGCAGUUAAUCGAGAAGCGCAUAAAGAAAGGUGAAGAAACUCGCUUUCUGAAGGCAUGGAAAGCACACGUUCUUUUCCGCAUGGCAGAUGAGGCUCACCACCAGCGUGGUAUCACGGAAACUCUUGAGCUCUGCCAGGCCGAACCGCCCACUACCGAUACUGACACCCUCGAUAUCUUGUUCCAGACUCUGCAAAAGAUGGACGGACAUGCCGACACUCGGAGCAUGCUUUGGGAAAAGGCUGCCAAGGCGAAGCCCCAGGACCUGGAGAUCCAAUUGAGAUGGUUCACAUUUGCAUUCGAAGAUGAUGACUGGAAGUCUGCGCAGAAGGCUACUAUGAGUCUUCAAAAGAACUUUCCUCGCGAACGGAAAUAUUAUUUCUGGGCUAUCUUCUGCAGCCACAUGCUUGCUAUCGACGAAAAAAGCUCAGAAAUGGACCGCAAGCUGUUCGGGACAUUGGCGUACCGCAUGAUAAAUAAAGCGGCUGCCGAUGUUCCCACUGAUCCGACUCAGUUAUUAAGUCAACCCCGGGCCAUUCAAAAGUCGGAGGAGGUGAUGCUGCUAGUCAAUAUUUUCGAGUCUCAAAAGCGCUUCGAUGAAGUUGUGAAGAUCUUGGACAGUGAUAACGUGGGUAUCAACUCGAACAUCUGCCAGGGCGAUAGGACUUUCCUGGGCAUCAAAGCCAGAAACCUGGGAGCGGCGAAGCUAUGGAACGAUGCGAUCUCUUUCGUGAAAGAUAUUUACACUGUUCCCGAUGAAGAGGAGAAGCUAAAAGCUCUCGGGGAGCUUGAUGACUGGAACAUCUGGAAUCUGUUGAUCCAAGCCGUGCAGAACAAUGAUACCCCUGGAACUGCCGCUGAAAUCCAGAAAUUUGUUGAGAGUUUCAUGGAAUUCCAACCCAAGUCUCGUAACGCAGCCCUGACUCGCCUUGACAUAAUCAUAUCUGCCAUCGAAAAGGGUGAAAUGACCUUCGAAGACAAUUUGCUGCCUGCCUGCCAGCAGUACAUUGACCAACACAAGCGAAAGCUUUAUGCGUUUAACGACCUUCGACGGAUCCUGGGUGGCAACAAAAAUGCCAUGGCAAAGAUGCUCAAAUACAUGUCUGAAGGCAAGGUAGAGGGUAAAGAUGCUGUCAAUGCUACUAUUAAUGCUCUCAAGCUGGAAUAUUGUUUGAACAUUUCAGGCGCCGAAGGCAAACCUUCGCAGGAAUUAAUUGAAGACUUCGUUACCCGCUGUCUGAAUUUAUACCAAACUUCUACCGGUGGAAGUGAGGUAAAGAAGGCAGAAACAGCUACGAAUGGGUCAUCUUCCACCAUCGAAAGCAAAUCCACAGAUGAUCUGUGCAUUCUUGCAGCCAUGGCUAUCUUAAGUGAGACUAACGAGCAAUCGCAUGUUUCUCACGCUUCUGUUCUUCGUGCUACCGCAAUCCUUGAACGUCUUCUUCGUGAUUCGCCCCACAGCUACCAGGCGCUUCUACUUCUGGUGCGCAUCUACCUUCUCUUCGGAGCAGGCUCCCUUGCUUUUAGCACAUUCAACAAGAUGUCUGUCAAGCAAAUGCAGUAUGAAAGUGUGGCUCACAAUUUCUUCACGCGACUUUCCACAAUUCACCCUCACUCAGCACCGCCGACAGAAGGUGUAGAGCGCAAGGAUUUCGAUCCCCAAGCGGCAUUUGUUCAGGGUCUCAACUUCUUCCGCAAUGCUGACGUUACUACCAUGAACUUCCGAUCCCGUGGUUUGGACGAAGGAAGUUACACAAAUGUGGAAGAGAUCGUUGAACUCCGACGACGACUGUCCAACAGUAUCUGUCGCCGAAUGAUGGCCUUGCAUGUGCGACAGGCACAGAGACUGGUGGGCGGGGAUCCAACGACUCGGUUUGAGGAGCUUGCAAUGAAAAACACCCCAACUUACGACGGACGCGAUUACACAGCCUUUAUGGACUGCGAGUUCCCUGGCAAGCACAGUUUUGAGAACUUGGUGCGGCUGGGACCUAUUCCAAAGGCCAACUGGUUCGCCUCGGCUAGAAUUACUGAUCAACUGUUCAGUGUGCUGAAGGGUAUUUCCAUCCAGAAGCCAUUGACCCGGGAAGCUGAUUUACCCGACCUCAAUGCCUUGUCCAUCUCAGAAGCCAGUGACCAGACCGAGGCCGAGAAGGAUAAAUCUAAGAUCCAUGCCGAGAUGCUCAAGGUGGCGACCUAUAUGGCUGGGUCCAAGCUAACCACCGCCGAGCAAGCUGAUAAAGCACUUGGAGAACUGGAAGACUGGCUGAACUCGAAGAAGAUCGAGUUGACUCUGAACGAGUCCCAGGUCUCCCGCCUCAUCAUCUCCACAGGAGUCUACCUACUACCCAAUGACCCAACCGCUGCAACUUGGGAGUAUCUUCACAGCAUCUUCACCCUUCUCGAGACUCUCAAGGCCGCGUCGCAACUGGCUACCUUGGCUUCUCGCAAGGCCUCUAAGUCUGUCAAGUUGCCCAAGGAGCGUGUGGAGCGGGUCGCUGAUCUGGUGCCGCAAGUCUUUGAGCUUGUUCGAUCAAACACUCGGGCCCUGAAGCAGCGCAUCUCUAGAUCAGGUGUCUUGAGUACGAUGGUAGACGUUGUCGUUCAAGGCCCUUCAUCCUCCCCGCACAGCAAAGAGCUUGAGGCAGCAUUCAAUGCCACUCUGAACAUGUCGGAUCUUGAACUUUUCUGUGGUUCUUUGAUGGAGAGCUGGGAGGAGGCACUGGAUGGUGUGAUGGGUGUGAGGCUGUGA